GUCCCGACCGCGUGCUGCUCCGCCCUCAGCGCCCGGGGAGGCGGGCGGACCCUGGAGGCGGCGGAAGAAACCAGACGGAGCCAUGGCGGCGCUGCCGGCGCUGCUGGUCAUGGGCGUGAGCGGCUCGGGGAAAUCAACCGUGGGUGCCCAGCUGGCUUCUGAGCUAGGAUGGAGAUUCUAUGAUGCAGAUGACUAUCACCCAGAGGAGAAUCGAGUGAAGAUGGGAAAAGGGAUUCCACUGAAUGACCAGGACAGGAUCCCAUGGCUUUGCAACUUGCAUGACAUUUUACUAAGAGAUGUAACCUCGGGACAGCAUGUGAUCCUAGCCUGCUCAGCUCUGAAGAAAGUGUACAGAGACAUCUUAAUACGAGGAAAGGAUGGUGCACCUCCGAAGUGUGACGAGCCAGGGAAGGAGGGAAAGCCGGCUGAGGUGCAGCUCCUUGUGGUCUAUCUGAGUGGGUCAUUUGAGGUCAUCUCGGGACGCUUACUCAAAAGAAAAGGACACUUUAUGCCCCCUGAGUUAUUGCAGUCUCAGUUCGAUAUUCUGGAACCCCCCUCAGCUCCAGAAAAUUUCAUCCAAAUCAGUGUGGACAAAAGUCUUCCAGAGAUGAUUGCUAUAAUUAUGGAAGCUAUAAAAUGAAACCCAAGUCACUUCCUAUCACUGGUCCAGAACAGAACUAGGCAUAAAUUUCUAUCCUGUCCCUGACCAUGUUAAAGCAUCCAUGCUGGUACUGUACUCUAAAUUCUAGUUAGGGUGAACAAACCACGAUGUGUUGAAAUAUACUUGUUUGGAUGUGA